UCGGCGAUGGCAGACUCUGAUGCGCAAGAGACUCGCCAACCUGCAAAAGACUCGCCGUUCUCCAUAAAGAACCUGCUGAACAUUGAAGACAAACCCACAAAGCCCAAAAGCUUCCUCGGCUCGUCCAAAGCGGUGUUUGAAGGCAGCUUCUUCUCUCGGCUCGGUGACUUGUCUUUCCCUCGAUUCGAGUUGCCAACACAGAGAAUUGGACUAUCGGCGCAGUAUUUGGAGAGAGCGUCCACCUGGUGGUACCCGUACACGCUCGGGACGCAUUUGAGGACUGGAGGGUCCGAGAAGGCCAACCUGAGGGAAGCAUCGCCGGCACCGGACAGGCGCUCCCCGGAUCUCCCAAAAAGUGACCAUGAUGGCAAAGAGGAAAGCGCCGAGGAUGAUAUCGCCCUGGAUGACAGUGACUCGGAAGAACCGAAGAAAGAAAUAGACCAGGAGGACGACUGGAGGAGGAAAACGGGAGAUCUGGACUCCGAUAGCAAGCCCUGUCGGAAGAAGAAGACGCGCACGGUGUUUUCCAGAAGUCAGGUCUUCCAGCUGGAGUCCACCUUCGACAUAAAGCGCUACCUGAGCAGCUCGGAGAGGGCCGGCCUGGCCGCGUCCCUUCACCUGACAGAGACGCAGGUGAAAAUCUGGUUUCAAAAUCGGAGGAAUAAGUGGAAAAGGCAGCUGGCCGCGGAGCUGGAGGCGGCCAACCUGAGCCAUGCGGCGGCGCAGAGGAUUGUGCGGGUUCCCAUACUUUACCACGAGAACGGGGCCACAGAAACCGCCGGGGGCCCCGCUGCAAUCUCCCCGGGCAGCCAGUCACUCCUGGCUUUCCCCCACCACAUGUACUAUUCCCACCCGGUGCCCCUGCUGAGGCCUGUUUAA